AUGAGCGCAACCCAAGAGCACAAGAGCACAUCAAAGCUACUUUCAAGCGAAUUCCCACCUUCCUAUAAUGAUGUUAGCGGCGCCGUUAUCAUAAACCAAGAGGGCAAACAUCAAUUUCUGUCACCAGAGGAAGAGGUAGAACGACAACAUCGACUGCAGCAAGCAGUGCGCGAGAAGAUGUUAGGGUUACCACGAACGACAAAGUUUGAAUGGCACCAGGGAACAUUGGAGAUGUCGGGAAUUACAGCAACAUUGAACGAGGAACCACCAUUACCGCUGUAUACACCCUGA